AUGGAAUUUGAAGCUCCAUUGCUAAAUCUUUUCUGUAACGAGGAUAUUUCCUCUCUCGAUUCGAAUUUAAUCGAAAAAGACGAUGACUUGGAUUUCAUUUCUGUUUCUGAACCUGAUUGCGACUACAUUGAAAAUUCAUUCCGAAAGGAGAUUAUUAUUUUUCGGUCAAACAGAGACCAAAAUGAAGUCAAAAGAUGGCCCCAAAGCUUCCGUUUGGAAGCCGUAAAAUCUAUUCUUAAAAUAAGUGCCAUGUUUGGAUAUCACUACCGUACGGCAUAUCUCUCAUCGAUUUACUUAGAUCAGUUUUUGGCCAAAACCUGGUUUUCUGAUGGAAAUACAGCAUGGACGAGUCGAUUAUUAUCGAUAGCUUGUUUAUCGCUAGCUGCAAAAAUGGAGGAACAUAAAGCACGGAAGUUAAUCGAAUAUCGUGUGGAUGGAUAUGGUUUUGAAGGAAUCGCAAUUCAGAAAAUGGAACUAUGCGUUUUGCAUGAACUUGGAUGGCAAAUGGGUAUUUUGACUCCAUUUACAUAUAUACACUAUUUCACCGCAAAGUUGUGCGCUGAAAAAUGUAGGCAAAAAGAGAUUGCGACUCGAGCUGCAGACUUAGUGUUGGCAAUCAUGGAAGAGCCAAAUAUUAAUGCGGCUGAAAAUCUGUCAUCGAUUGUUGCAGCUGCAUCAGUAUUAGCAGCAUAUGAUCAUCGAUUGGAGAAAAGAAUGAUGGAGGAUAAGAUAAAUGAAAUCCCAUCUUGGGGAUCCCUUGAAAAAGACCUUACAUUCUCAUGUUAUUGCAAACUUCAAGAGAUUAUGAUGCUAAAAACCCCGAAAUCUGCUAUAAGUCCGAGUUGGAUUUCAGCUGAUGAUUCGACCGCCAUCACAUCCAAAGGGGGCUCUAAAAGAAGGCUAAACUUUGAUAAUAAUAAUAAUAAUGAUCAAAAUUGUCCCACAAAGAAGAAUUGUUGA